AAUCAUGCUAUGUGGUUUUGACAAUUUUACAAUUCAAAUUUGUCACUCAUUAUUCACAUCUAAAUACUUUAGUUAAUUUAUGCAUUCAAAUAUUAUUAGUAACUGAUUAUUUUAUUUUUUAAUUAUAUUUUAAUUAAUUAUUGGAAAUCAUUCGGAAAAUCCAACGUUUUUAAAAAUAAGGAUAAACAUUGUUGACGCAUGCGUUAGCAAAAUUAACCUCAAUUUUUAUAGUAUCAGUCAUCAGCUGUUUAUUUGCGCGUCCUAAAGCAGCCGCCGAAGUAAACGGAUUCAAUGCGGUCUCAGACCAUCGUUGUCAAAGUUAUUUUACUUGAGAAUUCUGCUUAAUUUUUUUAACUUAUUCAACUUUAUGAAAGCUACGAUAUAAAGUGUAGAUAAAAACUCACCAAGCAAUGAGAAUAUCGGAUGACCGGACUUUAUGUAAAUGAAGGAAAAACUGCUUUUUAGAUUUAAACAAACUUAAACGUAAAAAAAUAAGUUAACAAAAUGUCUCUAUCGCCGAAAGACUUGGCGAAGCUCAUGGAUCUUCUGGAUGAGGAUACUAACGCUAGCACAUCGUUAGAAAGUUUAUCGAAUCAAUUGCACACGAUUUUUCCAAGAGAAGAACGUUUCAAAGUUGGAAUGACCUUACUUCUUUUGCUACAACAUGUAGAUUUACUUCCAAGAGAGUUGCAAAGAAUAAUUGCUGUAGCCAUGUUAUUUGAUCUCUAUAAGGGUGAACCAUUGGCCUCAACACCCUUUGCUUCUGUAUUUGUAUAUAUACUAAAAAUUCCGGGAGAUAAUCUUGAUAAAACUCAUUUUUCUGGUCACAUUCCUGUUUUAUCAAGAUGUGAAAAAUAUUUAAUAGCUAGUUUAAUGGGUUUUGGCUACAAAGAGAUGAUGAAAAAAAAUCCAAGACAAAUAAUAGAAGAGCUUUAUCCCCUUCCAAAUCCACCACCUUGUGAUUCUACUGAAUUGCAAUUGAAAUUAUCAGAGCGUUUUUCUGAACUACCAGCAAUUGAAAAAUGUGGAAAUCCAGUUAUUAUCUCUGACAGUAUUGACAGACCAAAAGUGGGAAUCACCAAUAACGAAGAUUCAAAAAAUACAAGUAAAAGUAUAUUAGAAGAAUUAGUAGUUGGAGAUCCUCCAGCUUAUGCCCAAAGUUAUCAGCCAGAAUUUUUAAGACCAUCUCCUCCUUUACUAAAAUCUACCCUUGAUGAGAUACCAUGGAUGAAUGUCAUAGAACCAAGCCAAUUUGAAUUAGAAUAUGAUACAAGUAUGUGUGUUUCUAAUUGUGCUGGAGCUGAAGCAAGAAGACUCAUGGGUAGAGCUUUUAAAAGUGUACUAACACUGCAGCAGCAACAAUCACUUGUUACUGAACUUCACAAGGAUCCAAAACUUGUGUAUCAUAUAGGUUUAACACCUUCUAAAUUACCUGAUUUGGUUGAAAAUAAUCCCUUAAUAGCUAUUGAAGUACUUUUAAAGUUGAUGCAAUCCAAUCAAAUUACUGAAUAUUUCAGUGUAUUGGUUAAUAUGGAAAUGUCAUUACAUUCUAUGGAAGUAGUCAAUAGACUAACAACUACAGUUGAUUUACCUACAGAAUUUGUUCAUCUCUAUAUUAGCAAUUGUAUACAAACUUGUGAGACAAUCAAAGAUCGUUACAUGCAAAAUCGACUUGUCAGACUUGUUUGCGUCUUUUUACAAUCCUUAAUCAGGAAUAAAAUAAUUAAUGUUCAAGAACUAUUUAUUGAAGUACAAGCUUUUUGUAUAGAAUUUAGUCGAAUUAGAGAAGCAGCUGCUCUAUUUAGAUUGUUAAAGCAACUUGAAUCUGGUGACACUGCUGGACUUAAUGCAGCACCACCAACCAAAAAAUUAGAGACUAAUUAAAUUAGUUAAUAAUUAUUUUAUCAUAAGUUCAAUCAUUAUCUACCAGAAAAAAUGUUCUUGAAUUGUCAAAUUUCAAAAAUCUACGAUGUACUUUCUCAAGAAAUUUGACUUUGAUGUUCUGUAAGAUUUUUUUAAAAAUAAUUGGUAUUUAUGAACGAAAAAUGAAAAAACUCAUGUUAUGAAACAUGUUAAAGUAUUCAAAGAAAGUUAUUAUUUAUAUUAAAGUGAAAUAGUAAGUAAAUACUACAAUUUUUUUUUUGAUAUUAUCAAAUUGAUAAUGU